UGUUAUCUUUAUAUACUGUAGAAACCUGACCCAGAUUGAGUUGAAUUGAUCGCUGUGAAUUGGAAAACGCUUAAUUUCAAUUGAAUCAGUUCACUCAUUCACUUUUGUGUCUUUCUGGUUUUUGUAUAGGAUUUAUGGAUUUAACGUGGUUGAGUGCUCUGAUAGUUGGAGCUGCACUUGGAUUCUGCAUUGGCACUCGCCGUUCCAAACCUGUUGUUGCUGUUGCUGCUGCUGUUGAUGGGGAUACCAAAACUCAAUCCAAGGGUCAACUCGAGAUCGAGAAACUCGCUGAUAUACUCGAUGAUUUCAAAAUGGUUUUGGUUGUGAGGAACGAUCUUAAAAUGGGCAAAGGAAAGAUUGCAGCUCAGUGCAGUCAUGCCACUUUAGGAUUGUAUAAAAAGCUCCUUCGUCGAGCUCCAAAAGCAUUGGACUGCUGGGAGGAGUGUGCACAGCCAAAAGUGGUUGUUAAAAUCGAGGACGAGGAUGAGAUGCUAGAAUUGCAAGAAAGGGCAAAAUCCCUUAAACUGCCUACCCACAUCACCAUCGAUGCUGGAAGAACGCAGAUCGCCCCAAAUUCAAGGACAGUUAUGGCUAUUCUUGGACCAGUCGAAGUUGUUGAUGAAGUAACAGGUGGACUAAAGCUUCUGUAACAGCUUCACAUUUUAAUGUGACUUGUCUUCAACCCGAUCUCCCAGAUGGACCAAGCAGAAGCAAGAACAUGACUUCCACCUUCUCACUUUGCCCGGGGUUAUCUGUGAGAAAAUUUUAGUUGUUACGUUUACUCUCAUUCCUGAUGAUGAUGAAAUAUCCCAUUAUUGAACAUUUUGGACAUUUAGAACUUGCCACUCCAGGACCAGAUUGAGUUGACCAAUGGUGAUAUCAAUUUUUUUGCUGGCUUUGUAUAACAGGUAUCAAAAGCUCGAGCCUUUUUCGGCACAUUGAGAAAAUGGCUUUGUUCUAAAUA